AUGACUCUUGAGUAUCUCGCCUUUGAUAGUCCAUGUCAUCUUCCACGUAUUUACAAUCUUCUGUCAUAUACACCUCGACUUCGUCGUUUGUCAGUUGAGAAUAUAUUGUUCAGUGACUACAUACCACUAGAACAAUUUAUACUACCACGCAAUCUAAUUGGUAUUUCUUUAUGUGAUUGGUGUUUAUCAUUUGAUGAAUUCGCAUCAUUCAUUGCAAUCGUUGGUUCCGAACUCGAAUUCCUACGCAUUUCAAUUAUUCAUGAAACUGCCCUAUCAAAUGCUUAUCAAUGGCAACAAUUAAUUUUACGUCAUAUGCCACGUUUGCGUACGUUUCUCUUUGAUUACCGCGGUUUCUUAACUAAAGAUGCUCAUGGAAAUAGUCGCUGUCGAACGUUACUUGAUGAAUUUUCUUCGCCAUUUUGGAUCGAACGCCAAUGGUUUUUUGCCCAUAGCCAUUGUGAUUGUUGUUCUCAAGAAGAAAAAGAAUGUUUGUCAUUCUACUCAACUCAAAUGCGCCGACGAGAGUUUUGUGAAUUUGAUGAAUCUUUUGAUAAUAACAUAUGUUUGUACCAAGAUCCAGUCUUCUAUUUAUCUUUUGGACCACGCAUUAGUAUAAAAAGUCAAAAUAUUGAUGCCAAUUUUCCUUUUCAAUUUCCUUAUGUAACUGAAUUAGAAAUUACAGAUAAUUAUUAUACGAUCAAUAUGGACUCAUUCAUUGAUAAUCUAAGUCAUAUUAUAACUUUAACAAAUAUUAGUUAUUUAAAGAUUUUAUUUAAUAAUCAAUGGUUGAACAAUUUUGUUAAACUUCUUAAUCGUAUGCCUAAUGUUCAAAAAUUGAUUCUUAAUGUACGGUCAUCAUCUGAAAUGGAAGCAUCGUCAGAUCAACAAACUAAUACAGCUGACUUGGUAUGCAAUAAUAAUGUGCGAUAUGUAAUAAUAACUGAUGAACUUGCAUUUACCACUGUUCAACUAAUCAAUAAGCUUUUUCCUCGAAUGGAACGUCUUAAAAUUCAGAACAGAAAGGAUGCUCUCAUAUCAUUUGUACGAACUUUGUUAUCAAACAGAGUUAAUAAUAGUCAUCUUUUCUCAUUGAUGUUUUAUGGUGAUAAUGCGAUGAUUAAAAAAUUGAAGACAAUGAUCGAUAAUGAAAAAUUACUUGAUAAGUAUAAUAUCGAACGUCGACAAUUCGAAUUUUGCUUAUCGUGGUAA